AUAUACUAAGCUGUUGACUUUUGUACUCCCAAAUCUUCCUCAAAUUUCAAUAAAAUUAAUUGAAAUGCUUUAUAUGAAACGAUAAAAAUGACUCAAGAAUGACUGAUUGCUUCCACUGUCUAAAUCAGACUGAUUAAUUAUCAGUAACAUUAAUCAAAGCCAAAGCAAUGAAGUAACACGAAAAUGGCUUUCCUACAAAGAAUCAACCAUGCCUACCUCGUCAUUUUUGCAGCUGACAUUAUCGCAUUUAUUACCGGAACGUCGAUAGCUUGGUCAUCACCUGUAAUCGCUAUUUUAGAGGGCAAAGACAUCAAUAAAAUUCCUCUAGGACGACAAAUAACCGACGAAGAAGAGUCCUGGAUUGGGUCAAUGGCCGCAAUGGGUGGAAUUUUUGGCCCUUUUAUUUUCGGCUAUUUGGUACAAUCUACAGGGCGAAAAAUAACAGUGACAGUGAUUUCAAUUCCAUACUUGGUAGCCUAUUUGUUAGCGGCUUUCGCCGAAUCUGUUUCUCUCUACUACGUUAGCCGUAUUUUGAUGGGUUUCGGAGUGGGAGGAAUGUUUUGCAUUCUACCGAUUUUUGUCGUAGAAAGUGUCGAAGCGAAAAAUCGGGGAACCCUCCAAGCAACCACAACAAGUGCUAUAAUGUUGGGCUUACUUUUCUCGUACAGUGUGGGACCCUAUGUUUCUAUAAUGGCUUUUAAUUUAAUUCUUGCAGCUUUUUGUGUUAUAUAUAUGCCCGUUUUCUGGUUUCUGGCACCGGAAACUCCAUAUUAUUUGUGCAGCAUAAACCAAGAAGAGGAAGCAUUUAAAGCUCUUAGUUAUUUGAGACAAAAACCGCACAAUGAAGUUCAGUUAGAGUUAGAAGGGAUCAAAGAACACGUUAAACAGUUAAAACCAACCUCGUUUUAUGGAAUUUUUAAAACAAGAGGAACAGUGAAAGCUUUUGUGUACAGUGUGGUCUUAACCAUCUCGCAGCAAUUUUCCGGAGUCACCGUCAUCUUGUAUUUCACACAAAACAUUUUUCAUGAAGCUGGAAGUGUUAUUCCCCCAGAAGUGUGUUCUAUUAUUGUGGGUGCUGUCCAAUUUGUGGUAUCUACAAUUUCGCCCCCUUUCUUGGACAAAGUCGGCAAGAAAUUGUUACUUCUAAUCGCUCUCGCUGGAACGAUUACUUGCGAAAUUGUUCUAGGUGUUUAUUUUUAUUUGCAAAAAAACGGAGAUGAUGUCUCUGGUAUUAGCUGGUUGCCUAUCUUAUCACUCGUGGUUUUUAUAGCGUUUUAUAAUUUUGGUUUAGGUUCGAUUCCAUGGGCCGUCAUGGGCGAGCUUUUGCCUCUGAAUAUCAUAUCAAAAGCGUCAGUUGUAGUUACAAGUUUUUACUGGCUUAUUGGAUUUUUUCUUACAAAAUAUUUUGGAUCUUUGUCACACGAAAUUGGGAUGGCUGGGUCGUUUUGGUUGUUUGGAGGGAUUUGUGUGCUUUUUGAACUAUUUGUUUAUUUUUUCAUGUUUGAAACAAAAGGGAAAAGUUUAAAUGAGAUUCAAGCCAUUUUGAAUGCAUAAAUAAGCAAUAAACUGUAUUACAUGUAAAUAUGUAGGAUAAAAGACAAAUAAAUAUUUUUUUUAUUUUUACUAGAAAAUAAAUUAAAAAUAAAUUUGCUUGAAUUUUA